GUAUGUGUCAAGUGACUGAUAAUAAAUAUAUUUGGUCAUUUGUGGACUUAAAAGGAAAAAUCAUCUGCUUUUAAUUUUGGUAUACUUCAAGUAUUACUUGUAGAGUAUACAAUAAUUUAAUUUUGUGAUCAAACAAUACACAACCUCGUGACAAUGUCAACAACAGGAGCAUACAGGUAUCCUGAUGGUAGUGAAUACAGUGGAGAGUGGAACAGCACUGGACAGCGACAUGGACAUGGUCACAUGGUCUUUCCAGACAAAUCCGAGUUCUGGGGGUCGUUUCAAAAUGGACUGUGUAAUGGGCCAGGCAUCAUGAAAUUUGCUGAUGGAUCCAGGUAUGAUGGUGAAUUUCAUGAAGGAAAAUUUCAUGGGUUUGGAGUAUUCACAAGGUGUGACCAUAUGAAAUUUGAGGGAGAGUUUAAAGAUGGCAAGAUUUCUGGACUAGGUUUGAUCACAUUUUCGGACCAAACCCACGGACUUCCCCGGAAUGAAGGACAUUUUGAAGGCAGCAAGAUGUUGCAGAGACUGAAGUGUCCUGGAAUCAUACAGAGAGCUCGGGAAGCUGCCAAUUAUGCCAGAUCGCACUGCUGAUAGCAACAACCUGGAGGAUUCACUAGCAGACGACAAUUUUAAAAUACAUUUAAAACACAUUUCUACUCAAUAUUAAAAAAAAAAAAAAAUUGUUUUAAUCACUUCGGUUUAAUAUUGCUAGUAACAACAUUUAAUUCAAAACUAGACACUGUCUAAGUUACCAUUUUUUUUGAAUAUUUUACCAUUGUCUUUGAAAUGAUUGAAUAUUUUACCAUCAUGGUCUUUUGAAAUGAUUCAAUAUUUUACCAGUCUAAAAUAUUUCAAUAUUUUACCAGUCUUUUGAAAUGAUUCAAUAUUUUACCAUUGUCUUUGAAAGUAUUCAAUAUUUUACCAUUGUCUUUGAAGUAAUUUAAUAUUUUACCUAAAUGAUGGUCUUAAAAAUUAUUCAAUAUUUUACCAUUGUCUUUGAAAUGAUUCAAUACUUUACCAUUGUCUUACAGGUGAUUCAAUAUUUUAUUUUAUUUUAUUAUACUUUACAAAAUAACAUCAAUAAUUUCAGUUUAAUAUUACUUUUCACAGCAAAUCCAUGUAGGAAACUGAAGCAUUUAAUUAAAUGCCCAACAUUAAUGAUUUAAACUGUGAUAUGUAAAAUAUAACUUGAAGCUGAAUUUUGUGAAUAUAUUUUAUAACAAAUAUUUUGCCACAAAACUGAUGAGCUGAAUUUAUGAAAGGUGAUCAUCACACAUUUAUUACAGAUAAAAAUACACCGGAAACAUUUAAACAUGGACAAAAUAAGAUGUGUGAUUAUGACUGCACAUUUGCAUUUAUCCUAAAUAUACACAGCUGUUUAGGGAUGUUUCGUACAUUUGGCCCCAUGUUUAACAAGCUUUGAUUUCAGGGCAAUCUUAUUUGGUUACGAUGAAUUGUAUUUGGCUAUAUAUAUUAAUUUAAAAAACCCAACAAAUUAAUAUAUUAGUUAUUCCAGCUUAAAACUGGAACAUUUGUCUUUAAUAUAACCUUAUUUUAAUAGUUCAUUCAAUAUUUUAAUUAACAAAAUUAACCCAUCCAAUUUAACAUUAUAACUGUAUUAUAGUGUACUACAUUUAAUAUUAAUACAAUGUUAUCAGUUAUCUUGUUGAACUCUUAUAAAGUUACAAAAUAGUGUUAAUGUUAAAUCACCCAGCACUGUGUGCUACAAACCUUCAACCAAGAUCUUAACUAGAUGGUGUCACCACUAUAAACAUAUGUCAUAUUGGGUUUUCUUUAGUAUUAAUAAACAUGUGAAAAAAAAAAUGAAAAAAAAAUUGUGAAAAAAAAUAUGCGAAGACUGCCUACAGUAUAUUUAAUUUAUAAAUAAAAAUGACUGUUUUGAAAAUAUUGUUUAGGUCCUGACAAACACUAUUUUUCUUUCGCCAUAAUGCAUGUAUGACCACUCCCCCUUACAGCAUUAGAUAAUUAUUUAACAACUCCCUAUUAACUUAGACAUUUUUUAGAUUCAUUGACAGUGCUAUUGACGUAAGACAUUUUUUUAGAUUCACUGGCAGUGCUUUAUUAAACUGUCACAAAUUAAUACUAUCUUUACCCAAGUGAUUGAAGCAAUCCAACAAUGCUUCCUCUAGAUCUCACUGCUAAAAUCAAGUUUAGAAUAGUAAAUGCUCUUUAUAUGUAUAUGUAUAUGUGUUUGAGAAUCGAUGCACAGAUACGCUUGUAAUAAAGUUAUGUAUGUGAAUGGA